CAGAUAUGGAUGGCAUAAAACUGACGAGAAAAGAUAGUUCAAUAGACUUUGAAGCAAGUGACCAAAUAUGCAUAAUCUGUAAUCAGAGUGACAAUAGUGUGAUAAGUACGGAAAAUUGGCGUGAAACGAUCAGGGCAGAUGCGAAAGUACGAAAUGAUAUUGUUACCAAGAGAUUGAGCUCAUUAAAUGAGGAAGCAGUGUUUAACUACCAUAUUAUGAAUAAUGAGUGCUACAAACAAUACUGUCAUGAAAAGUCCCUUAUGAAGUAUCAAAGAGAAAAGGAUCUGUUAGAAAAUGAAGAUAACGACAGCAUUUCCCAAUCGACAAAAACUCUGGAAGAGAACAUGCUCGUCACCGCAGUCCUCGAGGAACUGGUACUUCGAGUCGAGACCGUUCAUGUAUUAUAUGUAAUCAGAAAUCACAUAAGCGCAUUUACGAAAAAUCAUGUUUUUACUAGCACUUGUGAUUUGGAAGAUGAGUCAAGGGUUUUUGGUGCCGAGAUAUUCUGUCAUGACAAUUGUAUUUCUGGUUAUUUACUGAGGUAUAAACGGAAACCUGAGGAAGGUAACAAGAGCACACCUCAAGCUUCUGGAAGGGUCGCAGCGUUUUCUCGUAUAGCUAAUGAUAUUAAAGCUGGAAUAGAUGAAGGUUACGGAUAUACUCUCAGUUACAUUCCAGAAAAAUUUAAUUCAGGAAACGAAGCCAUGAGAGUUAGUAACAAGGAACUGGGAUUAAUGUUGUGUGAUUACUUUGGAAAUGAAAUAACGUUUGCAAAACCUAAGGCGAUUUUCAGCCUGGAAUGA